AUAAAGACAAUGGAGUGGUAAUAAUUUGUUAAGACCAAAAGUAAACACAUGGGGAAAAAGAACGGCUCUUCUUCUUGGCUUACCGCCGUGAAACGAGCUUUCCGAUCUCCGACCAAGAAAGAUCACAAUAACGACGUCGAAGAAGAUGAGGAAAAGAAGAGAGAGAAGAGACGGUGGUUUAGAAAGCCGGCGACUCAAGAAUCUCCGGUGAAGUCUUCCGGUAUCUCUCCGCCGCCACCACCGCAAGAAUCAGUUAUCGUAAACACAAAAACCUCCCCGGAGACAGCACCGAGUUACACAACGACGACGCCGCCAACGAACGCCGGAAAACCCCCGUCAGCCGUCGUCCCCAUCGCCACGUCAGAAUCUAAGGCGCUCCCACCGAGGCGGAUUUAUUACGCAAGAGAAAAUUACGCUGCUGUUGUUAUCCAGACUUCUUUCAGAGGAUAUUUGGCAAGAAGAGCAUUAAGAGCAUUAAAAGGGUUAGUGAAGCUGCAAGCAUUAGUGAGGGGUCAUAAUGUGAGAAAACAAGCCAAAAUGACAUUAAGAUGUAUGCAAGCUCUGGUUCGAGUCCAGUCGCGUGUGCUUGACCAACGCAAACGCUUGUCUCAUGACGGUAGUCGCAAAUCCGCGUUCAGCGACUCUCACGCUGUUUAUGAAUCUCGCUAUCUUCAAGAUAUUUCAGAUCGACAAUCUAUGUCAAGAGAAGGAAGCAGCGCCGCGGAAGAUUGGGAUGACCGACCACACACGAUAGACGAAGUGAAAGCGAUGCUACAACGAAGACGGGACACAGCAUUGAGACAUGAGAAGACUAAUUUGUCUCAAGCUUUCUCUCAACAGAUGUGGAGAACGGUUCGUAACCAAUCCGUGGGAGGAGACCACGAGGUAGAACUUGAGGAGGAAAGACCAAAAUGGCUUGACCGGUGGAUGGCUACUAGACCGUGGGAUAAACGAGCUAGUAGUAGAGCUUCGGUUGACCAAAGGGUUUCGGUUAAAACCGUUGAAAUCGACACUUCUCAGCCUUACUCAAGAACAAGAACAGGAAGCCCGAGUUGUAGUCAAAGACCUAGUUCCCCAUCAAGAACUAGCCACCAUUACCAAUCCCGCAAUAACUUCUCAGCCACUCCAUCUCCAGCUAAAUCUAGACCAAUACUUAUUCGGUCAGCUAGUCCGCGAUGCCAGAGAGACCCGAGGGAAGACAGGGACCGAGCAGCUUAUAGUUAUACAUCAAACACACCAAGCUUGAGAUCUAAUUAUAGUUUCACAGCUAGGAGUGGAUGUAGCAUUAGUACCACAAUGGUUAAUAAUGCAUCAUUGUUGCCUAAUUACAUGGCUAGUACGGAGUCGGCUAAGGCGAGGAUCCGGUCUCAGAGCGCACCGAGGUACCGACCCUCAACUCCCGAGAGGGACCGUCCGGGUUUGGUCAAGAAACGGCUCUCGUACCCUGUACCCCCGCCAGCGGAAUAUGAGGACAAUAAUAGCUUAAGGAGUCCAAGCUUUAAGAGUGUGGCUGGUUCACAUUUUGGUGGAAUAUUAGAGCAGCAAUCGAAUUACUCUUCAUGUUGCACUGAGUCUAAUGGUGUUGAGAUCUCUCCAGCUUCUACUAGUGACUUUAGGAAUUGGCUUAGAUGAUUGUUGGUGAUGCCAAAUCAACGGUCACGAUCUUAUCAUCCUCCAGGAAAAAAAAACAUUUUCAUUUUAGUUGUGUGUUGAGGUUGAGUUGUAUUUGGAAGAAAGAUUUAUUAACCAA